AUGGUAUCAUUCAAAGCCCUUUAUAGGAGGGGAUGUAGAUAUCCCAUAGGAUGGUUCAAGGUUGGAGAAGUGGAUCCCCUGGGGGUUGACUUAGUAAGGGAUGUUCAAUACAAGGUAAGGAACAUCCAAGUAAAACUUAUAGCAGCACAAAGUUGUCAAAAAGAGUAUGUUGACCGUAAGGUAAGGGAUAUGACAUUCCAGGAUAGUGAACAAGUGCUUCUAAAGGUAUCACCCAUCAAAGGGGUAAUGAGAUUUGGUAAGAAGGGUAAGCUUAGUCCUCGCUAUAUUGGCCAUUUUGAGAUUCUGGAUUGUAUGGGGACAGUGGCUUACAGGUUGGCUUUACCACCUAGCUUGUUUGGGGUACAUCCAGUUUUUCAUGUGUCCGUGCUGAAGAAAUAUCAUGUAGAUGGAGAUUACAUCAUUAAAUGGGACUCAAUUUUAUUAAACAAUGAUCUUCGGUACGAGGAAGAGCCAAUGGCAAUCUUAGACUGUGAUGUUUGA